UGCGUAUUGUGUCCGCCAUUUUGCAAGGAACGCAACAGGAAGUUUGGCAGGAGUGAGUGAAUUCUGCUUUUUUGUGGAGUUCUUCUUGAUCCCCAAGAACAAAAUAAAAGAUGGCCCUCAAAAGAAUCAACAAAGAACUUCAAGAUCUUGGUCGAGAUCCUCCAGCACAAUGCUCAGCCGGACCAGUGGGCGAAGAUCUAUUUCAUUGGCAGGCAACUAUUAUGGGGCCGCCCGACAGUCCUUACCAAGGAGGAGUUUUCUUCCUUACAAUUCAUUUUCCAACCGAUUACCCUUUCAAACCACCAAAGCUCGCAUUUACCACCAAAAUAUAUCACCCUAACAUCAAUAGUAAUGGAAGUAUUUGUCUGGAUAUACUAAGAUCUCAGUGGAGUCCUGCAUUAACUAUUUCAAAAGUUCUCCUAUCUAUUUGCUCACUAUUGUGUGAUCCCAAUCCAGAUGACCCACUUGUACCUGACAUUGCACGUUUGUACAAGACCGACAGAUCUAAAUACACUGAAUUGGCCAAAGAAUGGACAAAGAAGUAUGCUAUGUGACACUAGCAAUGUUUCAUAAAUGUGCYGUGACUUAUUUGAUUGAUGUAUUUACAGACAGUUUGUCAGCUUUUCUGAGCAUCGUGUUAGCUAACUGUUUGUACCACUGUGCCUUAAUGUCUUUGUAUUUCAUAUUAAUAUUAUUGUUUUGAUGUAUCGGUGUCUAUGUUAUAACAGGAUCACAUAAUACUAGUCUGUCRACAGAGAUAGUGGAUCAAAUAUACAUGUAAAAACAAGUGUCUUUAGCUAACACAUUCUAYCUUUGAAACGAGCUCCAGCACGUAGAAGCUGUCACAUUGCUAGUUUUGAUUCCUUUUUUGGUAUGAGAAUAUUAGAUUUCAAUGUAUAAAGGAUGUAAUAACCGUCACGUAUACAGAAGUGAAAAAUCAUAUACAUGUAUGACCAAAAAUGAGACUACACUUUCAUAGUYCUAUAGUGUCUCUGAUACGUGUAUUGCACAAAAGCUUAUCAAUACCUAUGCAAGGCAACAAUAAUCACCUUUAUUAUAGUAUACUCUAAUAUUUCACGGGAAUAAUACAUCCAUGUCUUGUUGUACAAAGGUUAUUAUYGUUGUCUUAUAUUUUUUCUUUUUGCUCUGAGAUAACAAAUGUGCUGGAUCAAGAUAAUACGAGUACAACAUAACCAUCCUUGUUUAAUUGUCAUUGAAAUAGAAGAAUCCAUAUUGAAAAAGGCACAGCUGCAUUUAACCUCGAUACUUCCUAAGCAAAUGGGAAGUUUGCACCACCAUCUAGUGAACAUUUUAAAUAUUAAGACCAACAAAAUAUGAUUUGAAAGAUCAUCAUAACAACAUCCCUGGUUACAUCCUAUUUCUGUGACCUAACCAACUCCAAAUGUUUGGAGCCGUUUGGCUCCUGCCAAUCAAGUUGACCAUGGGCUAAGUAGAUUCCAAAAGUAAACGAUAAAUAUUCCUGCUACUCAACAGCCAAUUUUGCUUGUGAUCAGUAUGCACUUUGCCUUURGUAAAUUUUUUUGGCAGUAGCCAAAAUGACAAAAAACUCCAAGCAUCUGGAGUGGUUUAGGUUACAGAAACAUGAAAUGGGCUGUAAUGUCAGUAAAAGGGAARAGUUUGAAGAAUAUUAUUCAAAUAUGACUAAGGUAAGAUGUUAUCUACCAACAUACAAAUCCAUACAAAAUGUGCAAUUUUUUGGACUUCAAUAAGUUUUUUUUAUGUUACCUAGAUGUAUCUCAAACUUUCAACUUUUACUAACUUUAACAUGGUCUUUCCAAACAUAUUUUUGUUAGUSUUGAAUUAAUAUUUAAAAUGUUACACUAGAGGUACAAUCUCCCCAUUCCACCGAAACAAAGACUGAAAACUUACAAAAGCAUCUCUGUUGAGGUGGUWAUUUGAAUUUUUCUUUAUUGGAAGAAUUGUGGUUAAAUGCAUUAGAUGCAAACAUUUUUCAUUAUUGCCGAUUUGUAAAAAUUAAUGUCAAUCCAAUAAGUUCUUAUUUGUUGAGUCAGAUGUAGGUCCAAUACUAUCAAUCCAGUAAUAAUUUUCAAUAAACAUGUGAAUGUGU